UGAGCAGCAGUAUCCAGCAAUCAGUGCUGGCAUCCUUUGACCCCUAGCCCACUCUCGUUGGAGGGAGAGAAGACAACCUUUGGUUCUUCAGCGUCCACGCUCAUGCUUAGCUGAUAGGAGCACAGUCAGGACACAACAGGUGUUCAGUAGAUACAGGCUGGACCCUCGUCAAGAGCUGCAGAGCAUCGACACCGGGGUAACGCGCGGAGGAGAACCAGCGGCUUCCUCCAUGACCGGCACAAGAAGAAGGCACGAUACUCCGAGCCCUCUCUUUGAGAGAAGAGGCGGCAGGCAUGACACGCCUAGCCCUCCUCGCUCCGGUGACCGAGGGGGACAGCAGCAGCACCAGCGCAAACGACCCAGGUCUCGAUCUCAGUCGCCUCCACGCUCCGCUGCCGAUGAUGGUGGUGUCAGUAGAACAAGGCACAGCAGCAGUGACAGCGAGGGUGAGGGCGACGGUGACGGCAAAGACUCCAUGCGGCGGCGCAAGAAGCAGAGGAAGGACAAGAAGGCGAGGAAAAGAGAGAAAAAAAAGGCUAAGAAAAAGAGCAGCAGCAGGAGUUACAAGCACCGCAAGAAGGGGGAAAGGAAGAGUAGGUGCGGGGGCUACGACAGCAACAGCAGCAGCGAUCAAGGGGGUGAAGAAGGCACCGGAAUAGCCAGAGAUGCAGCGACCGCAGACGCCGCAAACGCCGCCGCCGCUGCUGGAGGGCCGACGCCUGCAAUAGCUCGCUCGCAAAUAGAAUCGGCAUCUCCACCAGCGAUCGUGGACGAGCACGCGCCGACCCCGCCGGGAAGCCCCCCCGCCGCCAGCGCAACAAAUCCUAGCACGGAGGGACCGUUGGCCGUGAACGGAGGCGGCGGGGCGGACGAUACGGAGGCGUGUGUGGACGAAGACGCGCCGACCCCGCCGGCCAGCCCUCACAAGACAGCGGUGGAAGCACCCGCGGCAGGCAAGAACUCCUUCUUCGCUCAGCUGCAGGCUUCGGAGCGAAAGAAAGGGACGGUAGGGACAAUACACGCCACGGGAAAUCAUGGCGGCGGGGGGGGGGAAGGGGGGGCAGGGGCGGGGAUACAAUCGAGCGACUGGGAGUGCCUCAAGUGCGGCAAGAGCAACUACAAGAACGCGUCGGCUUGUGACAGGUGUCACGCGCUCAAACGGAUGACGCUUUGGCGGGACUAGGCCUCUAGGCUAGGCCUCGUCCUUGUAAGGGAUAUACCGGCGGCACUGCAAAAAGCGAUUUUCUGUAGAUACUUGAAGUAAAACAAGCUGCCUCACAGUGUCACCCGGACCUUACGAAAUAAGGUGUAGCGUGACCACUCGCGGGUAUUGCCCACAAGUCGUUUCAGCUGUGUCCCUUCCUUUUGGGGGUAACAGACGUGCAAGACACUGGAACGUCUGUAAACGCACAACAUUGCGCGUGGUGUUUGCUUUGAGACGGAAACGUUGAUACCCCGUGUCCUGCGUGCUCGGUGGCAAGUUGCUCUUUCAGCUGCCGUGGGCGACAUGGAAUUUUUUCGACACUCCGCACGAACAAUACGCAAAAUCUGUUGUCACACCUGUGUUUGUUCGAUUGGAUGAACGGCUGUGGUGCAAUCUUGUGGCGCGUUCACACAGCGAGCGUGGUACUUCU